AGAACACUCCCACAUCUGGAUCAUCUACCCAGGGUAAAUGCCGAUGUUAUCUGUCAUUACAGAGAAACCUUCACAGCCGAGCAUCACUGGUGCUACAUCAGCUGACUCAGGUGGGCUUGUCACCCUGACAUGCUCCUCCUCUUCUCAGAGUCUCCCCCCGGACCACCCUCUGACCAUGACCUACAUCUGGAGGAGGAACAGUGAGAAGAUUCAAGGAGAGGAAGACGUUCAUGUAGCCGGGCCGAACCUCAUUAUGAGACACAUCAGCAAGGAGGGGGGCGGCAACUACAGCUGUCAGGCUGUGGAGGAGGGGCUGGAGUCUGACUGGAGUCACGGACACGACCUGGAUGUUCAGUAUGGACCAGAGCAGAUCCUGUUCAAUGGAACAACCAGCACAGUGACUGCUGCAGCAGGUGCCCCUCUCACAGUGAGAUGUUCCGCUGACUGUAACCCUGCCUGCACUGUAACCUGGUGGAACACAUCCAGACACAGGCUGGUUACAGGACACAGGGAGGCUGUGUUGUCUACGCCAGCUGUUGACAGAUCGGGACAGUACAUGUGUCAUGUCUACAACACACAUGGGAACGCGUGGAGGAAUCUGAAGCUUGAUAAACCAAAUCACCAGCAACUGAUGGCAGAUCACCACACUAGCAGGAAGGUUGAACUCAGGACCGAAAGGACAGUGGUCGUUAGGCGAGGAAGUACUAACAGAGACAAGGAUAAACGCUAA